GAGCUGCCGACAGGGACGCGCGCGCCGCCGGGUCCAGUGCGGACGCGGCGCUGAGGGCGCUGGCAGUGCGCGGACCCCACAUCUCCCGUUGCUGAGCCCGCUGGGAAAACGGAGCUGCUACGGAAAGGUCACGCGACUUUCGAGGCCCAAGGCUGGCUUUCUGGUGCGCAUCAUGUCCAGUUUUGAAGAUGCUGACACAGAAGAGACAGUAACUUGUCUCCAGAUGACUGUGUACCAUCCCGCCCAGAGUCAGAGCAGCAUAUUUCAUGCCAUACACUUCAAUAAGCGAGAGAAACUAUCCUCCAGCGAAGUGGUGAAAUUUGGCCGAAAUUCCAAGGUCUGUCAUUACACUUUUCUUGACAAACAGGCUUCCCGAGUUCAGUUUUCUCUGCAACUGUUUAAACAGUUCAACAGUUCAGUUCUGUCUUUUGAAAUUAAAAAUAUGAGUAGGAAGACCAAUCUGAUUGUGGACAAUCAGGAGCUGGGCUACCUCAAUAAAAUGGACCUGCCACACAAGUGCCUGGUGCGAUUCAGUGAGUAUCAGUUCCUGAUGGAAAAGGAAGAGGGAGAGUCGCUGGAUUCAUUCGAGACUCAGUUUAUUUUGUCUCCAAGACCACUCCUGCAAGAAAACAUCUGGCCGCCUCACAAGCCCAUCCCUGAGCACGGCUCUUCCUUACCCUUCCCCACCCGAAACACUUCUCCUACAGAAAUGGAUGAAAAUGAAUGGUGACCCUGGAGAGCCUCAGAGAAGCAGGAAGCAGCACUGCGUAGACACCUGACCUACAGGCACCGUGCUUACUCAGUGUAGUGUACUGUAAUCAUCUGUAAGCCGUCCGUGGACAGUGCUGUAUUAUAAACUUGAAGUGUGUAGUCUGUGAGUCAUCAAUGUCAUCACCUGUGGCAUUCCCCAGUCUGGGAGAAUGAUUUUAUGGGCACAUCUGUGAGACUGAUGUUUUUAAAGCAAACUGUUGUGAUGACACACAUUUCUAUGCUGGAUUUGAGUCUUGUAUUUUUUUUUCUUGGUUUGGUCUCAUCAUUUCACAGAAGCCAUCUGAUUUCAAGGUCAAGGUUCCUUGAAUUGGUGCUUGUUGUUAUCAAAGUGAGUUCUAGACUACUGCCUGGGCAUCACUGUAGUUUUAAUAUGGGAAGACUGGUUUGAGAAAUAAUUUUGUUAUGUAUUACUUCACAUAGGAUUAUAGUGUUUAUACCAGCAGUGUCAGUUUUCCUGCCUGUACGCAACAUUUAAAGACAAUAUGUAUAGAUUUUAAAGAAAUGCAAUUUUAGAAUUAUCAAAUCUGGUUUGAUUUUUAUUUAGUUGAGUUUUUAAAUUCUGUGAAAUCAAUGUUUUAAUAGCAUUCAUGCACAUAAUAAAGUCAAAGUUUAAAUGACUAACCAUUUCUUUGAAACUCAUGAGGGAAAGAGCCGUUUUUAUGAGACUUUAGUCACUAAAUAUAUGUGAAUAUUUAUAAUGAUUACAUAAAUAUUUCUAAAUUUUGAGUUUCAAAAAGACUUGCUUUUAUUUAAAAGAUUUCCUUUUAGCUUAUUUUACCCAGAAAGAGAAUGUUAAUUAGACUGGUAGCUAUUUGGUAAUUAAACUCUAAUAUUACAAAAAAGUAAGGGGCAUUCCAUACAGUUUUAGAAAGUAAAUAAAAUUUCCUGCAGGAAGAGGUCCAUUUAUUUGGAGAGUGGGGGAAGGAUUUGUGUAUUAUUUCCACAACCACCUUUCUAACAGCAUUUUUUAACUUCCCCAGUGUCUGAGCAAGUGAAUGUUAACCUUAUUAAGCCUGCUGUUGACCUGGACCAUUGAUCUCUCCUGGGCUGUCUGUCAUGUCCAGCAGCCUGACUGCCAAUCCCCAGCGCUGGAGCUAUUCCAGCUCAAUGAAGUCCUUGUUUCCUGCACGACUCUUUCAUUUUCCAUGUCUUGUUUUUCUUUUGCCUUGUAGUAGCAGAGCGAUGGCUGAAGGCCAGUAAAGGUAUCCAGAUGCUGUUGUGCUAACCUUCAGAACCCGGGAGUGUGUUUACAUUGCAGAAGGGAAUUAAAACUGCACAUGGAUUUAAAGUUGCUAAGUGAGUACCUUAAAAUAGAUGCUCCUGGAUUAUCUGGGUGGACCCAAUUAAUCACAGGAUCCUUAAGUGUGGGAGAGAGGUAAAACAAGAUAUCAGAGUGAUGAAAUGUAGAACCGGAUCCACUGAUGACAGCUUUGAAGAUGGAGGAAGGAGCUCUGGAGCCAAGGAAAAACAGCAGCCUCUUGAAGAACUGGGACACUGCACUAGCCACCCGGGAGCCGAAAAAGGCCAAGAAACUUUGAAUGAAAUCCUGGGACACUGGGUCAUGCUAGUGAGAUCUCUUGAGUUCUUAGUUACAGAACUUUGUAACGGUAAAGUUGUGCUGCUUUAAGCCAUGACAUAAAUGUUACAGGAGUGGAGAGAAAAUAUACUCUCUGUGACUCUGUCAAUCAGUUGCCUUUAUUAAACAGUUUUUGUUUAGUGUCA